AUGAUUCUGAAACCUCUUCUGGCGUUUGCAACGCUGGGACUUGCUGUCGAUUAUCCCGUCGUGUCUUUAUUCAUUCCAAACGCCGACCCUCAAUCCUUGUUGGGUGAGGUUUUGGCCGCGCAAUCAGCAACAACUACAUACAGUAUCAAUUGCCCGGUCGGAAAAACCAAUAGCACAGAAUGUGGAAUGGGCCCUGGCCUAUUUUUGACCGCUGCCCCAACAAGUGUCGAAUAUUUGAUAAGUGCUGAAUCCGACAACAUAUAUGACCAUGUUGUCUGCGAUAUGACCGAUCUCCCGACAGGCGCGUAUACCUGUACAGACACUGUUAUCGGGAAAGGGAUCAAUACGCCUGGCACCAGCACCUCAAUCAUCGGUUGGGACCAGAUAACGCUGUUGCCGGUUACCAUAACUUCCACUGCUGACGCGGUCGCGGCAACGGCAAACGGGACCACUAAUGAAGGUUUAACCGGUAGCCAGGCUGCUACCACCAUGAUCACUACCCCCGCGGCGGGUAUAGCUGCUGCUGCCACCACCAUCGCCGCUACGUCCGUGGCAGGUGUGGCUGGAAGGUCAAUUCCUACUGGUAUUCUACCAGCUUGUGCCGCGGCUCAAGCUCUGGCAGCUUUGCUAUAG